GUCGGAGGCGAGUACGCAUAUAACGGGUUCUUUUUCUGGCUGUGGAGUGCGUUUUCAAUUUUUCUCGUUCAGGAUAACUUUUUCUUCUCUUGUGUCGUUGUGGAAGGAUCAUCCCGGCGAGGGAAAGUAGGUGAUGUACUGAAAUAAGGAAAUUCAUAAAGUAACAUUGACAUUUAAAUUCGUGUUGCUGUUGCAUGAAGACCUUUGUAACAUUUCGGCCUCUUAAUUGAAUUGCAACUUUAAUUAGAACAAUUCAAGCUGCAGAUACUUGGGUCCCCUCUUACUCCACUUGCGAGUACUUGGAUCAGAUCCUGAGAUAUCUUCCAGCAUCUGCUCUUCCUGCUCUUAUGUUUCGUUGUUACCUUGACAACAGUUGAAAGGGAAAGUGGUGUCGGCCACUCCCCCUUCAUCAUAGAAGGGACGUCGCACGCAACACCUUUUGAAGAAAUACAUCGAGGAGCCAAUAGUUUCGAAAUGAACAGGAAGUAACAUCUGGACUUGCUCCUGGAAUUUGCUUCUGAGGAAAAUUUCCGAGUAAGAAACUUAUAGAAAACAACGAAUUUUUUUUUCCUGGCACCUCCUCCAAUUCAUGCAAAAGUUUUAUUGGUUUCUGGUUUCGUUAUUUAACACCUGUAUUGCAGAAGAAGUUUAGAAAAAAAAAAUUUUUACUUGACGGAACAAAGCUCCGAGGAGAUCAUUCAUUGAUUACUUUAAAAACAUGUAAUCCGGAUUUUUCGAGUAAGCUGAAAUGGAAUUAAUUACUUCUGUAAAGUACUCUUUGCCCUCCUAAAACAAAUAAAAAUAAACGCAGCUGUUGAGGGGGAAAAAAAGAAGUGAAAGGAAAUUCCUCAAAAAAAUUAAGGUGCAUCUAAUAUUACUGUGAAAUUGUAGUUGCAGUCAUUUCCAUAUAAAAAAAAUUGACAGGAGUGACAUUGGCACAGGUCAUCGUGUGUGGUCAUUCACAGCCGUCACCGGAAGAUGAAGAUCGAAGCGGAAGUCCACAACUCUUUGUAUACGUUCACUUCCGCGGACAGCAAGUGCGGGGGAGGAGGGUCGUCAACAGGAUGCUCCGUGAGUGUCGGAGAGCUGCCUUCCAUUGCGCAGGACAGCGAGCGAUCAUCGAUCGGCCGCCCCGAAAGGCUCACAUCGCCGGGAUGCGAUGGGUGUGGUUCCAGCACUCUGCCGCUCGCUGACAACCAAAACAAUCCCCUCUUCGACUGUGAGCACUUCCAGUUCAUUGAUGACGAAGAGGCCGAUGCCGCGGAGGACCAAGCGACGCUGGGCGAUGUCGCCCUCCGACCCAGCGAGGACCAGCAGCUGGGCUCCGCCGACCCUCCGGCAGAGGUGAGCGCUGAGCAUCAUACACGCGACGCAAACAACAUGAGCAGCGAGUCCGAUUCCACCGCACGGGCUAAGAGCCACGCUGUCAAGCGGCAGGUUAGCUUCGACGACUCUGCUAUCUCGUCCAGCGAUGACCGCCCGGUCGAGAAGGAGCUCAAAUCCCUCCUCAAGAGGAGCAACAAACCCAGAAAGAAACCCAAAGGACGGGUCACUUUCGAUGAAGCAGUUACUUUGUAUUCGGAUGAGAGUGAAGAUAUUCAGCUACUGGCUCUCACGACAGGUCCUGACAUUAUCUGUGCUGAGUUCUAUAUGUUCGAUCCCCCAGCAGAAUACCAAGAUGUGCCACCUUUCGAACCUCCAGCUGAAUAUCGAGAUUCGGAGGAAUUGCCGCCGCCGGCCCCCAUAGAUGACCAAACUGUCCCGAAUGAACCAGAUUCUAAGGAUUCCCUCUGUGGUGAGUGCUGUUCUAUUGAAAUGGUGAUUUCGAAUGUUACUGAAAAUUUAACGGAGCCGGAAGCGGCGCCAUCGCAAGAAAAUAGUGACGUCGGUGUUUCUAAGGAAACAGAAAAUACCGACAGUGCCUCCUGUGAAAUUAAAAAUGAAACAACUGAUGCAAACGAUGUGCAGUUAGAUUCUGUCAAAGAGAGUGAUAAAAUGUUUGAAAGAUUUUUAGAAGCUGAAAGAGAAUUCGCUGUUGACGAGGAAUUAAACAGUGUAUUCCAGGAAUUGGAUAGUGAUUUCUCCAGCGAUAGUAGAAACGGUGCAUUAGAUGAUAAUUUCUUUAGGAAGCUCAUCACUCUGUUAUCUUCUGCUGAAGGAGAUGUUCGCGUGGAAGACAGCGACUUAUUCUCGUCUACUAAAUUUGCUAACUCUGGUGACGAUGUUUAUCAUGAAACGGAAGACGACGAUAGCAAUCAAACUCAUUCUAGGACUCUUUCUGAGGCAGAUAGUGAUUGCAGUAUAUCCUCUCAGGAUACUAUAAUUGUUAGGUUCGGAGAGGAUGAAAAUGAAUCGAAUUCUAUUAAUUUAACCAAUAAAAAACCAGAAAAAACUGUAGAUACCGAUAACCAAGAAAAUUUCACCAUAAGGAGUGACACCGUUUCUAUUCAAAAACAAGAAAGUUUUGAUGAAGUAUUUAAUGAAAGAUUAGAUGAAACUCUUACGGAAGAUAAACCAAAGCCGGUACCUCGUGAGUCACUAAUGAUAAAAAAUAUGCAAAUGCAUCAAGCAGCUGUCAAAAUGGAUAAAGCCAAUGAAGAAAGCCUGAGUCGACAAAGUUCUGGUGAACAGUCUGUCAAUAGUGGCGCUUCUCAGGAUCUCCCACAAGAUGCCGAUGAUUCGACAUCAUCUGAUUCCAGAAGUGGAGAAGUAGAAGAAGAAAUACGACUUGAUGAUAUAGGAUAUGACGAAGAGGAUGCAGAAGAUUAUGAUGAAGAAAGUUUCAGGGGUAUGGCACAUCAUAAUUCAAAAAUAAGACGAAUUAUUAAAAAGAACGCUUUGCAAUGCACUUUGUUUAGAGGUAUUGAAGCCAAGCGUCGUCAGCAACCAGGAGUUAAAUAUCCUCGGCCCAAGUCACCUUUGCUUUCCCAAGAAUCUCUUGUGGAAAAAUUGAAAUGGUUGACGACAAUAGAUGAGCAUAAAGAUAACCCUGAAGGAGCUGUGAAUUUUCAUUCCAAACCGCCAGAUGUUAUCCUCUCUACUGGCGGUAUUCCCAUUAAUGGUUCUGUACCUCAUGGUGCUUCAUCAGAAAGUGAUAUUCAUAACCAAAGUGCAAUGUCUUAUGCACAGCAACAAUUUCAUCCAGUACAGAGAUUUGCUAUGCCAAUGAAUCCUAAAGGAGGGUAUUAUGUACGUCAUGAUGGUUAUCACCCUUCUUUACCUCGUCAAAGAAUGGCGUGCCCAGGACAUCCAUCUCAAAUGGGAUCGCACAAUAUGCAGUAUGCUCCUACUCGUAUGGUAGCUCAUCCAAGUGGUCCCCAAGGACAAUGGACUGAUCAGAGGAAUAUGGGAUCCAUGACAGUUCCGAGGAACUUUCGAGACUGGAGGGUGAUUCAAAGAGUCACAGUUAAUAGAAAUGGUGAUGGUCGUCAAUCCUCAGUGCCAGCGGAUUAUGUUCGGUGCUGUAAUGGUGGUGCAUCUGCUUAUGGACCAAGCGUUCCACCAGAUGUUAGCAGAACUUCACAAGCACCUACUCGCUCAAACAAAGAUGAACUUGAACAGUUUGUUGAGCAGGAUUCAAAAAGAAUCGAAAAGUUGCGCAAAAGAUAUAGUUUAGCUGAAGAUGACGAUGAUCCCACUUUUGGAUUUGCUAGAAGACCGUCUGUUCGAGGAGUGCAAAGCCGAAUCCAACCCAACCCGUCCGAAUCAAUGCAAGGGCCUAAUAAACUGGAUCCUUACUUAACACGUGAAGAGCCUGGACAGGGACCACCUUUAGUACAUCCCAGAGGACCUGAUUAUGCUAUCGAACAAAUGAGAGUCUGGAACAGGGACCCAAAUUGGAGACCGGAUAAUUCUGCUCAGUGCCCUAUUUAUGGUCCUCCUGCUCAAUCCAGUCGGUCCCAAAUGCCCAUGCAUAUACAUAGGGCUUCUGUGGCCCUGACAGAAAUUUCAGGCAAUGCCACCAUCCCUUACACGCAUCGAAAACCUCAUCCAGCAGAUACCAGGUAUCAUUCUUACGCUGAAAGCAUGUACGGCAGUACCAGGACAUUACCCACAAAAGGCUGGGUACCACCAGAUCCCAGAACAUGUCACAACGUCUCAAAUCCUGCUGCUGCUCACCAGACUCUGCAGAUUCAGUUACCGACUGUGUCUUCUCAGAUGCUUCAAGUUCCUCCUCAUCCUGUUACUUCAAAAGACGAGAGAGGAGUUCCGGAAGGUGCUAGCUCGUCGCCAAAGAUUUCGUCGGAUUCCUUGUACCAUUCCCCUGUGCCUGAUCCAAUAGCUUCUGGAGGACCUCACAAAGACGAAGGAGUUAUUUACUAUUCUUUAAAUGUAUGACGAGAAUCGGAAAACUGGAGUGAACUUUUUUCUUAAUUGGUACCGUUUCUGACGACACGUGUGGUCUUCCGAAAAGUGUUUGUUAGUCAACAAAAAAAAAGUGAACGUGUUGUAACAGCAUUUAACCAUCUUCUCUAUUCAUCUUCUUUCCAAAUGCGUAUAAGAUGAAAAUUUGGGCUUUGCAGUUUCAGUGAACAAAUUGUGUACAUUUUUAAUUUACAUCCGUAAGAAACAGUCUUCCGUACAGAUACAUUAGAAACGGCUGACAGCCGGUAAGUAUUUGUGAUCACAGCUUAUUUAUCUUCUAAAUCUUGUCAUUAUUUCACUAAAACUUCUUGGUGUAUUUUCUUUUCUAUGAAUGAUUAUAGAAUCUAUCGUAAAAAGUUAUUUGUUGAUUGUUGCUUGUAGUUUAUUAUUCUGUGUAUAAAUUGAGAAAAUAUCCCUUUAUAUAAUGUAUUUUUAAAUAAUUAUGUAUAUUUUUGAAAAUUCUUUAUUUCUCCUGAUUUGAAGAUAAACCUAAAAAAUAAAAAUGAAUAUUUUGUAUUUUUUUUAAUUAUAGCUUACUUUUUAUUAUAAUAUUAAAAUUACCUAUAUUGCAAAAGUUCUUUGUUGUUUAAAAUAUGUGUUGAACAUUUUUAACACGAAAAAAUUACUCCAUAUGGUUGUUGAAAUAAAGCAUCUCAUAUGUUAUUAGAACAGUUUAUAUAAUAGCUAAACUUUUUGUUGCCCUUUUUUCGCAUUUUCAAAAAGUAAUAUCAAAGAAAGAAAUAUAUUUUAUGAUUUAUGUAAGUACUGGAAAAAUACAGGAUGUUUGUGAUUAAAAUUCGCCAAUCCUAAGGAAACUAAUGGAUUUGAAGGUUUUAUCACAAUAUCAAAAACAAUUUAUGAAAAUCAUGAAAUAGAAAUUAACAGGAAGAAAGAAUUCGUAAAUUUUCUCUUUUUAGUCGCACUGUUUAAUAAAAUAAUUACAAAAAGAAUGUUCUAAAUUGAUAAAAAUUAUAAACAUUAUAAAUAUUUAAAAUAUAAGAGUAUUAUGUUCAAGAGCUUUAAGGAAAUGUUAAGUUUAUAACAAAUGUCAUUUUGAUAAAAUAAUUUUGUUUUCAAAUUUUGGAUUAUUUCCUCUAAUUUUUAAUAAGUGAAUAUGUGAUUUCAUUAAAUCAGUUUCAUAAUAAAACGGCAUAGGACAGUAUCUUUUUUUCUUAGCUCUUUUACACAAGUGAACUUUUAUGACAAGCAUCUUGUAUUUUCUUCUUAUUAUUAUUUUUAUUUUGUUUAAAACAAACACUUCUUAUUCUGUAAGGAAUGUUUUUCAUUCUAUGCAUGAAUAAUGUUUUUCUUCUCUUCAAUCUUUGACAGAAAUUAAAUUCCCUCCUAGCUUAGCUAGAAUUCUUGUAGUGAUUUAUUUUCUCUGGUGUUAAACCAAUAAGUAAAGUCAUUUUACUUUUCAAAUGGAUGUAUUGAUUUGUUAUAAAAUUCCUCAUUUUAGAUUAUUUAAAUUUGAAAGUAAGUUUCAAAUCAUAAUUUUAUCAGUUUCUAUAUCAUCUCAGUUAUUUUGAAAGAACACAAAGUAUACUUAUCUACUAUUAGACAUAAAAUAAUAUAUCACAUUACACACACAUGAAACUAUUUUUUACUAUUGCUAUUUUUAGUGGAAUCAAAUGAAAACAGCUAUAAUUCUAUCGGAAAUUUUAUAUCGGUAUCAUGGACAAUCAUCUAAAAAAAAGUUCAAUGUUAAAAUUCGCAGACUAUAAAAUAAAAAAACUUUUGUAUUUCAGAUAUUCAUUAUUUUUCAUAUUUUCUCUAAAAAUAAUGUGUAGAUAUUUCAUUUUUUUUUCCUAUUGUGUUCUUUGUGUUAAUCUGUAUUUUAAAUAAACAUUUAAGUAUUUUUUUUUAAUAUGUUUUGGAAUUCUGAUAUAACACACAAACUCUUUCCAUAUUUUAGAUUUCCUUAUUUAUUAUCUAUUCUGCUUUAGCCAAUUUUGAAUACAAUAUUUUGUAAAAUUUUAAUAUCCUUUAUAAGACAAUUGAUUUAGCUGUCAUGACUUUUGUUGUAUUUUCUUUGAAAUGGAGGUUAUAAAUUCCUAUCUGAAAUCCAAAAUAACAAAAAUAUAUAUUUUAAACUUGAUUCUUGCAAAAUUAUGUUUCUGAAGUUAUUUUAUAUUAUAUAUAUAUGUAUAUAUAUAAUUUUAAAUUUUGAGAUAUCUUAAGCAUUCUUAGAACAAUACUUAUCAUUAAAAUUCAAAGAAAUCUGAUUGUAUGUCUUUUUAUGUAUUUUUUUAAUCAGUAGUGUAUCUUUAUUGAUUUUAAGUUGAUAAAUUGUUUGAAAGAUUUUUUUUAAAAAUUGCUAUCUAAUUUUAUAUAAAUUUUCGAAAGUUAUUUGUUUUUAAAUUUAGUUGUUGAUAACCAUUCAAUAUAAUUGAAGCGCACAUAUUUUUUUAUCUUGUUUAUAAUGUAAUCUUGAAAUGGCCUCCAAAAGCAGAUUUCUAAAGACAGAAUUUAUUACCUCCAACCUUCCUUCUAUUUGAGAUACAUCUUUCUCGUAUUGUUUUCUGUAUUAUAAUAAGGCACAACCGUAUAUUUCAAGAAGAGCUUGUGUGGUGAUAAAAUCUCGCUCAAGCACAAAAAAUUAUAAAAAAAAGAAGCUGUUCAAUUGUAAAAAAAAUUGUCACAUCGAGAUCAAUAGGAGUUUUGUACAUAAUAUAGAGUUGAAAAGUCACUUCUUACACCAGCCCAAUUUUCAGACUUUGUUCUCUUCAACUUGUUGACUCUUGUACAAAAAAUUAAUCGGAAGAAAAAGAAUAAAGUUGCAGCCACUGAAUAAUUUUAUGUGAGCCAAGGAACCAAAUGUUGCAAUACGUUCAUGAUUUCGUGAGCUUUUGAAAAGAGACCUUUGUGAAAUAUCUACAUUCUGUAAGUCGAUAUUGUACAAGAUCAAACUAUAUUAUAAAUUACUUACACUACUUCAAUACGAAUAGGACUGUGAAUGGUAUGUAAAGUAAGUGUAGUAAAAAAAAAGCAUUAUUUUAGUUAUAUUGCAUUUUGUUAACAGAGAUAUAAGAAUUUGUAUGUUGCUAGAUAGUUAUAUAAAGUGCACAAGCUUCUGUG